AUGAGUGAUCUACCCAUUGAGUUCACGGAGCUGGUGGAUUUGACUUCAAUCGGGAUUUCCCCUCAGUCCCUCGACUUCAGGUCUACCACCUUCGAAAGUGACAGGUUCGUCACCGCAAGAGAAAGCCAGAAUGGCGCCAACUCGGUAGCCAUUGUCGACCUGCAGAAUGGCAACCAGGUCACCCGCAAGAAUAUGGGCGGCGAUUCCGCCAUCAUGCAUCCAUCGCAAAUGGUCAUUUCCGUAAGGGCCAACGGCACCAUUGUCCAAAUUUUUAACCUCGAAACCAAGACCAAACUCAAGUCUUUCACGCUCGAGGAGCCUGUGCUCUUUUGGAAGUGGCUCAGUGAGGAGACUCUCGGUUUCGUCACCGCAAACUCGCUGUACGUUUCCAACGUCUUUGACGGCGACACCUCCAGAAAGCCUUCCAAGCUGACCCAGAGGCACGCCAACCUGAAUAAUGCCCAAAUCAUCAAUUUCGUCGCUAACAAGCGACUCGAUUGGUUCGCCGUAGUCGGUAUCAUACAGGAGAAUGGCCGCGUCGCAGGCAAGAUCCAGCUCUUCUCCAAGGCUCGUGGCAUUUCUCAAGCCAUCGAGGGUCAUGUCGCUACUUUUUCCACCAUUCUUCUCGAGGGUAACACCCAGCCUGUGCAAGUUUUUGUAACGGGCAACAAGACUGCCUCCGGUACCGGUGAGCUGCGCAUUAUCGAAAUCGACCAUGACGCCUCUAACGCUGUAUCCUACCAGAAAAAGACUGUCGACAUCUUCUUUCCCCCAGACGCUGUCAAUGACUUUCCAAUCUCCGUCCAGGUUUCGGAAAAGUACGGUGUUAUCUACGUACUGACCAAGCAUGGUUUCAUACAUCUGUAUGAGCUGGAGACUGGUGCCAACCUGUUUGUCAACAGGAUCACAGUUGAGCCAGUCUUCACCGCAACAACCUACAAUCAAAAGAACGGUAUUGCGUGCAUCAACAGACGCGGCCAGGUUCUCGCAGUGGAGAUUUCUACUGACCAAAUUGUCCCUUACGUUCUCAACAAAUUAUCAAAUGUGUCCCUCGCCCUCAAAAUGGCUUCCAGAGGAGGCUUGCCCGGCGCCGAUGACCUUUUCAACAAACAGUUUGACACCCUGCUGGCUUCUGGAGACUACCAGAACGCAGCUAAAGUUGCAGCCUCUUCUCAGCAGCUGCGUACUCAGACCACUAUUAACAGAUUGAAGAAUAUUCAAGCUCCUCCUGGAGCCAUUUCGCCAAUUCUCUUGUACUUCUCAACUUUAUUGGACAAAGGAAAGCUGAACAAGUACGAGACAAUCGAACUGGCGAGACCAGUGCUACAGCAGGACCGUAAACAGCUCUUUGAGAAAUGGCUGAAAGAGGACAAACUGGAAUGCUCUGAAGAACUGGGUGACGUCGUAAAGCCUUUCGACACAACUUUGGCCCUAGCUUGUUACCUAAGAGCUGAGGCCCACUCUAAGGUUGUCACUUGUCUGGCAGAGCUUCAGCAGUUCGACAAGAUUCUUCCAUACGCUCAGAAAGUUGGUUACCAACCCAAUUUUAUCGUAUUGAUCUCAAACCUCGCCAGAUCCUCUCCCGACAAGGCGUCGGAAUUCGCAGUGAGUUUACUGCAGUCUCCUGAAACAGCCUCUCAAAUUGACAUUGAGAAGAUUGCAGACAUCUUUUUUGCGCAAAACUUCGUGCAGCAGGGUACCUCAUUUUUGUUAGAUGCGCUCAAGGGCGACACCCCUGACCAAGGUCACUUGCAAACGCGUGUCUUAGAGGUCAACUUGUUGCAUGCUCCACAGGUUGCCGAUGCUAUUAUGGGAAACAGUAUUUUCAGCCACUAUGACAAACCCACCAUUGCUUCGCUCGCCGAAAAAGCUGGUCUCUACCAGAGAGCUCUCGAGAACUAUACAGACAUUAAGGAUAUUAAGCGCUGUAUUGUCCACUCUAAUGCUCUUCCUAUUGACUGGCUCGUUGCAUACUUCGGUAAGUUGAAUGUUGAACAAAGUGUUGCAUGCUUGAGAGCUCUUCUUGAUGAUAAUUUGCAAGCAAAUGUCCCAAUAGCUAUUCAGGUUGCAACCAAGUACUCAGAUCUGAUUGGCUCCCAAGUCCUAAUCAAGUUGUUCGAGGAGUACAGGGCAACAGAAGGCCUUUACUACUACUUGGCCUCUUUGGUGAAUUUGACCGAAGACAAAGAUGUUGUGUUCAAGUUCAUUCAGGCAGCAGCCAAGGUUGGCCAAUUCAAGGAAGUGGAGAGGAUUGUUAAGACCAACAAUGUUUACGAUCCAGAAAAAGUCAAGAACUUUUUGAAAGACAUUAAAUUAGCAGACCAAAUGCCACUGGUUAUUGUCUGUGACCGUUUCAACUACAUUCAUGACUUGAUUUUGUACCUCUACAAGGCUCAAGAUUUCAAGUUCAUCGAGGUGUACGUUCAGCAGGUCAACCCUUCAAAGACACCACAGGUUGUUGCUGCGUUGCUUGAUGUUGACUGCGACGAGAAAGUCAUUCAAAACCUUCUUGGUAGUGUUCUGGGACAGGUUCCUAUUGGUGAAUUAACCGCGGAAGUGGAAAAGAGAAACAGGCUGAAGCUUCUGCUCCCAUUCUUAGAAGACACUUUACGCCAAGGGACUCAAGAACAGGCCGUUUACAACACGUUGGCCAAGAUCUACAUCGAUUCUAACAACUCUCCUGAGAGGUUCUUGAAGGACAACGACCAAUACGACACUUUAGAUGUGGGACGCUAUUGUGAGAAGAGAGAUCCUUACCUUGCUUACAUCGCUUAUGAGAAAGGCGCUAACGAUGAUGACUUGAUUAGGAUUACGAACGAGAACAGCAUGUACAAAUACCAAGCUAGGUAUUUGCUGAAGCGCUCUGACGCCAACUUAUGGAACAAGGUAUUGGAUGAGGAGAACAUUCACAGACGUCAACUCAUUGAUGCUGUUGUCGGCACUGGAAUUGGCGAAUUGACCGAUCCUGAACCAGUUUCUUUGACGGUUCAAGCAUUCAUGAGUAACGGUCUCAAAGGCGAGCUGAUUAAAUUGUUGGAAAAAAUCAUUCUUGAACCUUCUCCAUUCAAUGACAAUCCUGCUUUGCAAGGCCUACUGAUGUUGUCCGCCAUCAGAUACGAACCCUCCAAGGUCAGUAGUUAUAUCGAGAAACUCGACAAGUUUGAUGAAGAUGAAAUUGCACCACUCUGUGUCGAGAACGGACUCAACGAGGAGGCUUUUGAAAUUUACAGUAAAAACGAAAAGCAUGAUAAAGCUCUCCAGGUUUUGGUGGAAGAUGUGAUGUCUUUGGACCGUGCUGAAAGUUAUGUUGACAAGAUUAACAGCCCUGAAUUGUGGUCACAACUAGGUGCCGCGCAGUUGGUGGGGCUGCGCAUUCCCGAAGCAAUAAACUCUUACAUCAAAGCUAACGACCCUUCGAACUACGAAACUGUCAUCGAGGUGGCUGAACAAGCUGAAAAGUAUGAAGAGUUGAUCCCUUACUUGUCUAUGGCUAGGUCUUCUUUGAAGGAGCCUAAGAUCGAAGGUGCUCUUAUUUUGUCUUAUGCAAAGCUGGGCAAGCUUCAUGAAAUUGAAAACUUAUUGACUGGUUCCACUGUUGCGGACUUGGAAUCUGUGGGCAAUAAACUAUUUGAAGAAAAAGACUACAAAGCUGCGAAGUUGUGUUUCUCUGCUGUUUCUAACUACUCAAGACUAGCAACAACUCUUGUUUACUUGAACGAUUACCAAGCUGCCGUUGACACAGCAAGAAAGGCCUCUAACGUCAGAGUCUGGAGAGAGGUUGGCGAUGCUUGUGUUGACAACAAGGAGUUCAGGCUCGCACAAAUUUGCGGCUUGAACCUGAUUGUUCAUGCUGAAGAACUUGAGGAGCUAGUGGAGAAAUACGAGUCUCAUGGAUACUUUGAGGAGUUGAUUUCUUUAUUCGAAGCCGGUUUGGGCCUAGAAAGAGCUCACAUGGGCAUGUUCACAGAGCUCGCUAUCUUGUACACGAAGUACGACAUGGGUAAAACCUAUGAGCAUCUAAAACUGUUCUGGUCUAGAAUCAAUAUCCCUAAAGUAAUAAGGGCUGUUGAAAGUGCCCAUCUAUGGACUGAACUGAUUUUCCUCUACGCUCACUACGAUGAAUGGGACAAUGCUGCGCUAACUAUGAUUGACAAAUCUGCAGACGAUUUCGAUCACUCGUAUUUCAAGGAAAUUAUUGUCAAGGUGUCCAACCUUGAGAUUUAUUACAAAGCAAUCAAUUUCUAUGUUAAGGAGCAUCCAACACUAUUAAUCGAUCUAAUGACCGUUCUUUCUUCAAAGCUUGAUAUUCCAAGAACAAUCCGCAUUUUCUCCAAGUCUGAUAACUUGCCUCUUAUCAAGCCUUUCUUGGUCAAUGUUCUACCCAAGAACAAUUCCGUGGUCAACCAAGCUUAUCAUGACUUAAUGAUCGAGGAAGAAGACUACAAGGCUUUGCAGGUUGCCGUUGAUUCUUAUGAUAAAUUUGAUCAGCUUGAUCUGGCUGCGCGUCUUGAAAAGCACGAUCUUAUCUUUUUCAAGAAGAUUGCUGCUCAGCUUUAUCGCAGGAAUAAGAAGUGGUCCAAGAGUUUAGCUAUCCUCAGAGAAGAGAAGCUAUGGGCAGACGCCAUUGAGACGGCUGCUAUUUCUCAGAGCACUGAGGUUGCUGAGGAGCUUCUAAACUACUUUGUUGAUACAAACAACAGAGAGGGGUUUGUUGCCCUGUUGUAUACUGCUUAUCACUUGAUCAGAUACGAGGUGGUUCUGGAACUGGCAUGGAUGAAUUCUCUGGAAGAUCUAAUCAAGCCUUACGAAAUUUCCGUUAAGAAGGAACAGUAUUCAAACGUCCAAAAGCUUCUCGAACAAUCCAAGUCGGGUGCCAAGUCGGACGCCGCUCAAUCUGAGGAUCAACCUUUAUUACUAACUAAUGGUGCUAUGGCAUACCAGGCUACUGGCCAGGCCUUUGGGAACUACGCUUAA